AUGGACAACGGACAUAUUGGUACGGAUUUGAGCCUGUCUUUUGUGAAAUUUUCAGCCUGGUUGAAUUAUCUAGAGAUGUAUUGAAUUGAACAGGAAAGGUUUUCCGGUUCAUUUCAAUACAUCUCUAGAUCGGAUAGUUCAAUCGGGCUGAAACUUUCACUAAAUAUAAUCAUUUUCAACUCAAUCAUCUCCCGCAAUUUUCAGAAGAGACUAACAACGUUGAGGUCGACCCGGCCACCGGAGGAGUCGUCAUGAGCUUCAGCUACGCUUCUGACUUCCCGACACUCCCGGAAGCGGCGCCGGCGACGGCUCCAACUGCCAAACAAGUGAACGUGUGGCACCGCUCGAACCUGUCGAAGGCCGACGUGACGAUCACCUUCCGUUUGGCGUCGGACGAGCGCUCGAACAAGGUGAAGAGCUUUGGAAACACGUCGGACGAGUCGAAGAAGGCGCAGGCGAUCGCUUCGGCUACUAGUGAGUUCAAUUGAAGCGUUACAGCUCGAGUAACUAUAAAAUUGUAGAGACGAGAAUCGAGUUGUCCGAGUCGAAGGACGGAGAACUGACGGUGGUUGUGAAGGGAGAGCGCGCCAAGGCCGAGGAGGCCCGUGCCCGCAUCAUUCGCGACCUCCAAACCCAAGCCUCUCGCGAGAUCAACAUCCCGAAGGACCAUCACGGACGUCUCAUCGGAAAGGAGGGACAAUUGCUGCGAAGCCUCGAGGCGGAGACCAACUGCCGCAUCCAGAUUCCGCCACGCGAUGAGAAGACGUCGAUCAUCACGAUCACGGGACCGCGCGAAGGCAUCCAACGUGCCGCCCAGCACAUUUUGGCUGUCUCGGAGCGCGAAGCUCGUCUCGCCACCGAGCACAUUGUCUGCCCGAAGCACCUCGUGCCGUUCGUACGUGGACCGUUCAACGAGACUUACGAUCGCCUGAGCAACGAGACGGGCGUCAAGAUCAACAUUCCGCCGUCGCACGUCACCAACGAGGUCAUCUCGGUGACGGGAGAACGCGACGGAGUGCUCCGCGCCGCCGCCGAGAUCCGCAAGAUUGUCGAGUCGAAGAAGGACGUGUCGACAAUCACUGUGCAAGUCGCGCGCACCCAGCACCGCUACAUUGUCGGACAAUCACGCUCCGGAAUCCACGAGGUGCUCCAGAAGACGGGCGUCGUUGUGGAGGUGCCGCCAGAGGACUCGAACUCGGAUCAGAUCACUCUGAUCGGAGCCGCCAACGAUCUCGCCAAGGCCCUCGCGCUCGUCAUCGAGAGAGCUUCCUCCGUGGUCACUCAGUCGAUCGCCGCCCCGAACUGGCUCCACAAGCACCUGAUAGGACCGAAGGGAGCCACCCUGGCCGCCCUCGUUCCGAACAGAGGAAGUGUGCAGAUUGAGUUCGACGAUUCGAACCAGAUCUUCCUGGAGGGAUCUCCGGAAGAGGUAAAGGCUGCUUUUGAGCCGCUGAGCAAGGAAGUCGCCCGUCUUCAAAUCGAGCUCUCGAUUGAGAAGGUCAAGGUUCACCCGACCCUACAUCGCCACGUGAUUGGACGCGGAGGAUCGUUGAUCUCAAAGAUCAAGAUCAGACGGGAGUGCAGAUCACGAUCCCGAACGAGGAGACGAACUCGGACGAGAUUGUCGUCGAGGGAAAGAAGGACGGAGUGAAGAAGGCGGUUGCCGAGAUUCGUGCCAUCGUGACGAAGAUAGAGAACGAGAAGUCGAAGGACAUCAUCAUUCCGCAGAGACUUCACAAGUUGAUCAUAGGAACGAAGGGAUCCGGAGUGCAGGUCAUCCGUGACGCCACCCGAACGUUUCGAUAGUGUUCCCGGACGCCAAGUCUAAGUCGGAUGUUGUCAACAUUCGCGGAGAUAAGGCCGAAGUUGAUGCUGUCUACAAAAGCUGACUGUUCUCUCCAAGGAAUAUGUAAGUUUGAACGCGUCUUGUUUCUCGAAUCUAUGUGAAUCUAUUUUCAGGCUGAGAACAACUACCAACAGACUGUCGCCAUCUUCAAGGAGUUCUUGAAGCACAUCGUCGGAAAGGGUGGAGCCACGAUCCGCAAGCUCCGCGACGAGACGGAGACCCGCAUCGACCUGCCGGAGGCCGGAUCCGACGACGGAAAGAUCACGGUGACUGGAAAGCAAGCGAACGUCGAGAAGGCGGUAGCCCAGCUGAACAAGAUUCAGGAGGAGCUCGCCAAUGUCGCCGAGGAGUCGAUCGAGAUUCCGACGAAGGUUCAGAGCCGCUUCUUUGGAAACGGACGUCGUCUGAUUGCCGACAUCGAGGAGGAGUGCGGAGGAGUUCACAUCAAGUUCCCGACCGAGAAGAGCGAAUCGACGAAGGUGACGAUCCGCGGACCGGCCGGAGAUGUGAAGAAGGCUGUCGCCCUGCUGUCGGCUCUCGCCAAGGACAAGGAGGACAACUAUGUCGAGGACACCGUCAAGGCCAAGGCCGAGUUCCAUCGUUUCCUGAUAGGAAAGGGCGGAUCGAAGAUAGCGAAGCUCCGCGACACGCUCAAUGUGCGCGUCAUGUUCCCGAAGGAGGGCGACGCCGAGAAGGAGACGAUCCAUUUGCUCGGAAAGAAGGACGACGUACCGAAGGCGAAGGCCGCGCUCGAGGAGGCGAUCAAGCAGCUCUCGGAAACGGUCGACAUCAAGAUUCACGUCGAACAGAAGCACUACAAGCAGUUCCUCGCUCGCGGAGCCGCUCUCAUUAAGGAGAUUCAGGAGCAGAACGGCGGCGUCGUCAUCUCAUUCCCGAAGAACGGCACCGACAGCGAUGAGGUGUCGAUCCGCGGUUCGAAGCAGUGCGUCGAGGCCGCGAAGGCUCGCAUCGAGGACAUUGUCGAGGAUUACGAGAAGCAGGUCACCGACACCGUCUCCAUCCCGGCUCAAUUCCACCGUGGACUGCUCGCGGGACGUGGAGCCAAGAUUCACGAGCUGCAAUCGAAGUUCAACGUGUCGAUCCGCUUCCCGAACAACCGCGAGGAGGGAGCCGAAGGAACCGACGUGGUAACCGUCUCAGGACGUGACACGAAGGUCGAGGAGGCCAAGGAGGCUCUUCUGGCUCUGGUGCCGAUCUCGAAGGUCAUCCAGCUGCCAGUCGACAUGCAUCGUUCGAUCAUUGGACGUGGUGGAGAGACUGUAAGUGAUAUUCGACUUUUUUGCCCGUUUCAACCAGAUACUCAUUUCAGGUGCGCAAGCUGAUGCAAGACUACGACGUGAACAUCUCGAUCCCGAAGGACAACUCGUCGGAAGACAUCACCGUCACCGGACAAGUCGAGAACGUCGAUCAGGCCCUGGAGGCUCUCCGAGAGAAGCUCACCGAUUACGAGGCUCAGGCCGAGGACCGCAAGCUGAAGCAGUGGUCGAUGACGCUGAACGUGCCGACCGACUACCAUCAGAAGAUCAUCGGACAUCGUGGAGCGACGAUCAUGGCGCUCAAGGACAAGUUCGGAGUGAUCAUUAACGUGCCGCGCGAGGAGGGCAACGAGACGAUCACGAUCUCGGGAUACGAGGAGAAGGCGAAGGCGUGCGCCGCCGAGAUUGAGGAAAUGAUCUCGGAGCUGCGCUCGAUGUUCACUCAGGAGAUCUCGCUCGACUCUCGCUACCACCCGCGUCUCAUCGGACACGGCGGCAAGAAUCUGAAGAAGGUGAUGGACGACUACCGUGUCGAGAUUCGCCUUCCGCGCCAGGGAGCCGAGGACCCGAACCUUGUGGUAGUCGCCGGAAAGGACGAGAACGACGUCUACGACUGCAUCGACUUUUUGCGCGCCGAGGAGGAGGAGUUCUUGCUCGACAAUGUUGAGAGAGUGAGUUUUUCAGACGUUUUUCGGUAUAAUCUUUUUAAAUUUUCAGACCCAGUACCUGUCGCCACGUCAUCAGGAAUCAUCGUCGUCUCGCCAGCACCAGGCUCCGGUCACCGUUCAAAUGAAGGGCGCCCCGUGGCAAUUGGACAUUGGAAGCUCGGAGCAGUUCCCAGACAUGGGCGCUUCGUCGGCUCCAACUGCCGCUGCCGGAGGAGCCUGGGGAGCCGGACGCCGUCAUUGGUAA